GACGCCAUGGCGGAAGCCGCUUGCAGGUCUCCCCAGACGCAAUAAUUAUCCGAAUUUGACUUUAACAAAGUCCAAAUUUGAGUUGUCACCUCCGCCAACUCAACGGAUUCGAAGUAUUAGAAUCCCAUUUGCCGAGUUCCAAUCAGACCAAAAUCUCGCUCGCCGCCAUGGCAUCUGCUUCCCUGCUCCUCCUUCUCUUCACCUCCUCCAUGUCUAUCUUCCUCCCCCUCACCCUUUCCCAACGCUUCGACUACCCCACGGCGAACCUUUCCACCCUAUGGACUCUCGGCCCCUCCCUCGCCCACAAUAUCAGCUACCCCGACGGCUCCACCGUUCUCCCCCUUCUUCUCCGCGGCAACUUAGGCCCUUCCUUCGCUUUCGGCUUCUUCUGCUACGCCCCCUGCUCCACCUUCCUCCUUUCCAUUUACAUCGUCUACACCAACAGUGCCUCUAUGAUCACCAACCUAAUCAUCGCCCCGCCGCGCGUCGUUUGGUCGGCAAAUCCUAACCGUCCCGCGCACCUCAACGCCACUGUUCUUUUCUCCUCCGACGGCGACCUCAUCCUCCGCGACGCUGAUAGCAGCGUCAUCUGGUCCACCAGCACCUCCGGCCAUGGUGCGGAAAACCUAAGUUUAUUGGAUUCUGGCAAUCUCGUAGUUUUGAAUCGGGAAGGGAGGCAACUUUGGGACUCCUUUGAUCACCCGACCGAUUCUUUGCUGUUAGGUCAGAGCUUGAGCAAAGGGCAGAGGCUUACGGCGAAUUCCUCUGCUACUAACGCUACUACAGGUCAGCUGUAUGUUGAAAUUCUUGAUGAUGGAUUGCAUGCUUUUAUUGAUUCGAAUCCUCCACAACUUUAUUACGCGAAAACAUUCGCCGGAUCUUCGAAAUCCAAAAACCAGUCCACUUUUGUGACAUUCAAUAAUGGUAGCCUCGACAUUUUUGUGCUAUUUCUCGAACCAGGAGUGCCCGAUAUUUCAAUCACUUUACCCACGGAUUCGUCCUGUCAAUAUUUGAGAUUGGAAGAUAAUGGGCACUUUAGACUCUAUGGGUGGAAUAAUGGGUGGAAAUAUUUGGCCGAAGUUUUUGAUAUUUUUCCUGAUGAUUGUGCUUAUCCUACUGUUUGUGGUCAGUAUGGGAUUUGCUCAAAUGGGCAGUGCACUUGUCCUCAAAGUGCUGAUGGACAUUCUAAUUACUUUAAGCCGCUUAAUUCAAGGGAAAUCAAUUUAGGCUGCAGUGCUGUGACACCUAUUUCCUGCAAGUCGAUUGAAAGCCACCAAUUUUUAGAGUUAGACAGUGUUUCGUACUUCAAUUCUAUUGAUCCUUCUGCCAUUACAAUGAAUAUGGCUGAUAUAGAGAGCUGCAAACAGGCUUGCUUGAGAAAUUGCUCCUGCAAGGCGGCUCUUUUCCAAUAUGGUGGAAAUGCGUCGAGCGGUUCUUGUUAUCUUCCUUCACAAAUAUUCUCUCUCAUGGAUAAUAAACCAGCAAUCACUCACUACAACUCAUCUGCAUUUAUCAAAGUUCAGGCUGCCCUGCUUGUUAGUCCUAGCCCGGUAAAUGACACAGUUGGUAAUAUUAGGUUUGUUGGAAAAUUUUAAAACCUCUCCAUUAUUCUCUACCAGAAAUAAAUAGAGUUAAAAUAUCCUCUAUUGUCUUUAAAAGAAACCCAACAACUCAAAAUUUUAUGUUUCAAUUUUCCCUCGAAACUUCUGUAAUGUUUUCAUCCACAAACAAGUUUCUUUAAAUCAAGGUUUUUUC